CAGCUCAACAAACUAUGGAGUGGGGUGAAGCGAACAAAAAGAUGCCAGUGCUUGGGUGGAAGCCGUACCGUACUGUACCUCCUUCGAACUCGUCCAUUUUAUAACUAUUCGAAGCGCUUCACAACUCACGAAAAAUGAUCAACUGUCGCUCUUUAAGGAUCUUUCUCUUCUUGGUGCUGAUUGGUGGAGAGAGCUCGGCGAGACUUAUCGUGCAUCCUGGGUCAAAGUUCAAGGUCACGGUGCCCACUUGGAAUCUACCUGGUUCUACGUCACUCUGUCGGUGUAAGAAUCAGUGUUUGGUCCAACCUGUGUGUACCGCCGUGUCAGUCCAACUAAAUGCAAGCGGUCUUCAGUGUGCCUUCACCUCUGAGCCAGAACCCGAGAGUUACCUUGUGGACUCCGACGACGCUCAUGCUGUGUUUCCUACGGCAGAAGUGAACAGCCUCGCGGCCCACGAGUCCUCCUCUGCGCCUACACCGACUCCUCCAAGAAAGGCAACGAACCCCAUGGAUCUCGAACAGGGGUCUCAACCACAACAGGGCACAUCCUUGCCAUCAGAAACUUCAGAGCCGGACAAAACCUCAGAUUCCAGCGUUCUUACACUGCCAGACACAGCCUCAGAAACAAGUCACACUGCCUACUCUGACCAGUCUUCGCUAACAAACUAAACGGGUCAACGCGAAACGGUUUCGAAUCCAGAAACCAGCAGUGUUUCAGUCUCGACCUAUAACAUGUUUACGCCUUCAUGAUCUGUCAAGGUAUUGUAAUAGUACUGAAUAUAAGAUGGAAUAACAGAUGAAUAUAACCUCAGGCAUAUUCAAAACAAUCUUGAUAUGGAUUAAUUUAUUUUGAAAAAGAGAGGUCCGGAUGAAAAUGAAAAAUUGAUCGGACAUUUAAAGAAUGACACCGACCUUACAAAUAAGGAAAAAUACAUGGAGACAAGGUAUUGUAAUACUCAUAGGAUUAAUAAAUGGUUAAAUAUA